GCCGGGGUAUGAUACGGUAUGCCGGUGCUGGAUUGCGAUUGCCCUGUGAGCCGUAUCGGUGUUUCUUGUCUCGGGCCAGAGGCAUCGUGCCUCGCAAGUCCUAGAAAACGGGGAUUGAGGAAAUGCUGUAUACGGCGAAAGUCUGUGUGUCGUUUGAGUUGCCUCCUCUGGUAGGGGCUGGUAUUUAUUUAAUAUAUUUUGCAGGGACUGGACGGCUCGGCCCUGCUGUAUUUUUCACCCCUUUUCCAGGGAAGGAAAUUUUGGACUACUGUGCGAGUACUGUGCGAGUACUUGUGCCUAGCACAUGGUCCAAUUGUUUGAGAUUCUAUAGUCCUGGUAUGAGGCGUCCGCAAUGGUGGAAGGUCUCCUUCUCGCUCACCUCCCUUCUUCUUCCCUGCCCUCAUUUUCGUGAGUUUUUGCUGCGGGUCGUGGGUUUCGCUCUUUCCCUCCCCUUUUGUUUGGAUGCGGGUUUCCAUAUUUGGUACUGCUCCAGCCGUUCUUUUAUCAAGCAAAUAUACGUUCUUUUGAGAAACAAUUUUCACUCCUUUUUUUACACAAAGAUCUAUCCCUUUUGGUAUCUCUGGCGUUUUAUGAUUCCAGAUCAUCCCGAUCCUGAGUAAUCAUGGCUCCUUCCGUCUGGAAUAUCUCAUUUUUGAUCCUCCAGGGUUUCCUUGUGAGGAGCACUCUUGCAGCAAGAGCCAUACAUGUCGAAUUCAGCAAACCGCUGGCAGAUAACUCAACAGAUGACUUCCUCUUCCCGCUGGUUAUUGGGGAAAACGAUGCCAAACAAACCGUGUACCUCGCCCCGUCUACCAACAAUGCACGUACAUUUGCUAUAUCGCUAAAGGCGUGUACACCCCCCGGCAACAGCACUGUGUGGCUCGGAUGCUUGAAGUACCGAGGUGGCGGCUUUGACCCAGCAAAGUCGUCAUUCAAGCCCGGCUCUGGUGACUCGACGAAGCUGAACUGGCGGAGUGAUCAAUACUCGCUUUUCGCUGAUGGGGUUUACGGCCAGGACAGCAUGACCCUUCCUGACAAGGCUGGUGACGUUCAAUUGAAGGACUUCGAAAUUGGAUUGGUGGAUGCGUGUAACAUGACGUCGGGAUUCCUCGGGUUGGGUCCCAACUCGACGCUGUUGGAGCGGUUGUAUAAGGAUGGAGAGAUUGAGUCUAGGUCUUAUGGUCUGCAUGUUGGCAUUGACAUCACGGAUCAUCCGUAUCCGGUUUUUGAUCCUACUUUUGAUACCGGCGAGAAGCCGAAGGGAGAGUCGGAUUACGAUUCUGGCAUUGGGAAGCGGUCGAAGAUGAUGAAGCGGGCCGAGGAAGAGAAGCCAAAGGAGGUACACUCAUUUGCUGGGGGGCUGACGCUAGGGGGAUACGAUAAGUCGAGGAUUGAUAAUAGGACAGCCUCGUUGACGGUGCCAGUGUCACCGGAUGGGCUGCUAGAGUUGGAGUUGACGGAGUUGGUUGUGGUUAAUUCGUGGCUGGUGAACGAUAGCCCAAUGCACGACGUACUCAAUGAGACUAGGAAGGUUAUCAUUGACUCUAGCACUCCUCACAUGUGAGCGCUAUAGUUUACUCCUUUCUGGGUAAUGUGGCGGCUGACACUGAUUAGGUAUCUGCCGGAUAAGACUGCAGAUGCGUUGAGUUACUCUAUGGAAGCUUAUUAUGGUGAUCCAAUGGUGGACUUUUUUUAUGGGUCGGAUCCCGACAAGUAUCUUGGCAAUGUCACGUUUACAUUACAAGCCCCUGGCGGUUCCAAGAGCAUCAAGAUUGUUGUCCCACCAUCAGUAUUCCAACAACCUAUUGGGAUGCUUAGAGACUACCAACCGGUGGGGGGUGGAUCUUAUGACUACUAUAUGCCAGUAAAACACUUCAAAGCAUCUUCCAAACAGCCAAUUAUCCUCGGCAGAAGGUAAUUUACUGGGUAGAUCUCUGUGCGCGGGGUGUGGCUAACAAUGGUCAGUUUCCUGAAGGCAGCGUACAUCUUUGUCAACCACGAACGAAAAAACUUCCAUAUCUCGCAAGUGGCCUACACCAAUGCCCCCCAUGAGAUAAUCUCAGUCUCAGCAUCAGACUCGGGGGACUAUGGUUCAGGCACUUCUUCCACCUCAUCCGGCCCCGGCUCAGGCCAAAACCCUGGCACAGGCCCGGAAGCCCGAGGGCCCCCGAUCGCCAUAAUAGCAGGUGCCUCCGCUGGUGGUGCCUUCCUUAUCGCACUAAUCGCAUUUCUGGUCUGGCGUCAUCGCAACAAGCCUAAGAAAACGCACCUCCAUACGAUCCCAUCGAACCCUUCCUUCCACGAAAAUGAACUAGAAGGCAGCCACGCUUUAGUCCAACUCCCCGUACGCUCCAUCGAGAAACCACCUGUCGCGGCUUCCUCACCAUACCCAAAUGAUACCAAAACGGGAUGGAGCACACAACCACAGCAGGGGUAUCACGAGAUGGAGAGUAAUGUUGGUACUGCGGUGAGUUUAUAUCCUGAGGAUGGGUAUCCGCAGCAGAGCGCGCCUGGAUAUGCAGAGUUGGCGACCCCACCACCGGCACAACAGCAGCAACAGUGGUAUCAGGAUGGGACUGUGCACGCAAGGUAUGAGAUGAUGUAGGAUGUUUCCUACUAGCGUUAUUAUCCACCUCUAGUGGAGGAGGGAGGGGAUUGUGAGUGUAUUGGUUGGCUAGAUAUCAUGGUUUAUGCGUGCAUGCAGAUUGUGGCGUCCUGAUAACGGUGAUUUGCUUGGGUUUUUCUUGUUUGGGGGUAGCGGGGGGAUUGGAUAAAUAAAUAAUCUUGGAAAGGGCUGAGUCUUUUGCGUCUUAGGAAGGCGUGAGUGAGAAGCAGGAAGGUAUGAGUCGAGUGGCGAUUUGCGAUUU